AUGUUGUUGUUUGCCGAUGUUUUUACUGCAUACGCUUCGACAAUCAGCGCGAAUGACGAUGAUCAAUCUGCAUUGCUAGCCCUGAAGUCACGUAUUUCUUCUGGCUCUAACAGUGCUUUUCUGGAAAAGAACUGGACUGCAGAAUCACCUGUCUGCACCUGGAUUGGUGUUCUUUGUAGCUCUUCCUCUAAGAGAGUGACUAGCCUUGAUAUUUCUAGUAUGAAUCUCAUUGGUAGCAUUCCUCCUGAUAUUGGGAAUCUAUCUUCUCUCUUUUUUCUUGAUUUGAGCAGGAACUUUUUCCAUGGAAAUUUGCCUGAAGAGUUAGCUCAGUUGCGCAAACUCGAGUAUCUUGACCUAAGUCAUAACAACCUCAGCGGUGCGAUUCCACCAUCAAUCUUCGGCACCUUGUUGAAUCUUCGAUUCUUGAUUCUUGAUUACAACGAAUUGACGGGUAGCAUUCCUGAGGGAAUUGGUGAUCUUCGUUUCUUAAGGGAAUUAGACCUCGAAUACAACCAGCUUAAUGGUCCCGUACCUGCAGGUGUAUUUAAUCUGUCAUGGUUAGAGCAAAUGGCAUUUACAGGGAACAAUCUUUCUGGAAACCUUCCGCCAGAUAUCGGCUUCAAGCUACCUAUGCUUAAAGGACUAUACAUUUCCCAGAAUCAGUUUGGCGGCUCAAUUCCUGCAAGUUUGGGACAAUGCUCCCAGUUGGAGUUUCUGUCCUUGUCAUACAAUGCAUUUACAGGAGUUAUACCUCGGGAAAUUGGGAACUUAAGUUCGUUGGAAACCUUAAUGCUUGCUGACAACAAAUUGACAGGGUCAAUUCCAGCUGAGAUUGGAAACCUACAAAGAUUAGAAGUGUUCUCAGCAUACAAAAAUUCGUUAAGUGGCUCUAUUCCUGAGAGUAUUUUCAACAUUACAACACUGAAAUUCCUUCUUUGCGCAUUAAACGAUCUGUCAGGUAACCUUCCUCCAAACCUAGGGCAAGUCAUUCCGAAUCUUCAAAACCUUAAUGUAGGAUAUAACAACCUAAGCGGAACUAUUCCCCCAACAAUCUCAAAUGUUUCAAGACUCACAGUUCUGUCUCUUGCUAGCAACAGUUUCACUGGAUUUAUACCUGAAAUGCUCGAAAAUCUAAGAUCCCUAGAAAUUCUCGGCCUACAGGAUAACAAUCUGAAGAUCAAAUCUAUGUCUUCAGAAUUGAGCCUUAUAACUCCCUUGACAUAUUGCAGAAACCUGACAUAUCUUUCAUUUGGUCUAAAUCUGUUUUCGCCAUUAGUCCUCCCAGCUUCCAUCGGUAACCUGUCCACCCAUCUCAAACAUUUUGAUGCCCGUGGAAGUGAAAUCAGUGGUGUCCUUCCAGCAGAAAUUGGUAACCUGACUUCAAUCUCUUGGUUAAAUUUAUGUAACAAUGACUUAACCGGACCCAUUCCAAAAACAGUUGGCAGUUUACGAAGUAUUCAGGAGUUGUCCCUGCAGCACAAUCAACUAGAAGGAUCAAUUCCAGAUACAAUUUGCAACUUGCUAAACCUUGGCCUCAUCGAUUUGAGUUUUAAUCGAAUCUCAGGGAUUUUACCUUCAUGCAUAGGAAACAAUACUUCUCUGAGAUAUCUUCACCUAGAUUCAAACUAUGUCAGCUCUAGAUUGCCACCAAGUUUAUGGACAUUGAAUGAUCUACUCAUGGUCACUGCAUCCUCAAAUUCACUCAGCGGCUCCAUUCCUCCUGAAAUAGGAAGUCUUCAGGCUAUAAUAAACAUAGAUUUCUCCCAGAAUAAAUUUCUUGGAAACAUUCCUGUCACUGUUGGAAAACUGCAGAACUUGCUUCAACUUUCUUUUGCUGAAAAUCAACUAGACGGAUCUAUUCCUGAUUCAUUUGAUCAAGCCAUAAGUUUGGAAAUGUUAGACUUGUCUAAUAACAAGCUAACUGGUGUAAUUCCGAAGUCCCUGGAGGCUCUUGUCUACCUCAAGAUGUUCAAUAUCUCCUUCAAUCGAUUAAGCGGAAAAAUCCCCUGUGAAGGUCCAUUCAAAAACUUCACAGCUUCAUCUUUCAUAUCAAAUGCUGCACUUUGUGGUGAUCCUCGGUUUGGCGUACCACCUUGUACGAUAACUCAAGCCAACAAAAGAUUGCGAUCGAGCAUUACUCCUAUCCUUUGGGUUAUUAUUCCAUUAGGAAGUUCUAGCUCCAUCUACCAAGGUGCAAGAGAUGGAAAUGUACACACAAAAGCUAUUGGAACAAUGGGAUACAUUGCACCCGGUGACAUAACUUUGAGGGGUUGGAUAAAAGAUUCAUUUCCAGACGGAAUUCUGCAGGUUAUAGACAGCAACUUGUUAGAACCAGAGGAAGCAAAUCUUGAGGCCAAAAUGAAAUGUGUGUCAUCUAUUAUGGAACUUGCAUUGCAAUGUACGGCACCAUUACCCGGUUCAAGAAUGAACAUCCACGAUGUUCUUUCAGCACUCAAAAGAUUGAGAAGUCAGCUAAUAUUGUUAGAUGUGACAGAAGGUCAAGUAGAUUUGAAGGUGAAAUCUAACAAAAAUUUUUCUGAGCUUAAGUUUGGAUUGUAA